GUUGGGUAUCUGUGCAUUGAUGGCGAGAUGGAUCUCUCUAGAUAUUCAGGUUAUCCCCGCUCGCCAUGCUCAUCAUGAUAUUCCCCGAGUUUCUGAGACGACCGAUUGAUCACGGCAGGGUUGACGUGAGUCUAGAGACGGUUGUGAGGCUCCACGCUCAUGGCGAUGAAUAUAACGAAUGGGUCUGGGCCAAACAAGUUCAUAUACAGAACACGAUUGCGUGCGGAAACGAGCACGAGUAAAAGUCGUGCACUGAGCUAUCGGCCGACAGGUCUUGCUUCCG